AUGGCUACCGAGGAACAAUUGAAAGAAUUGGAAAGAGAGGCGAAGAGUGGGAUUGAAGCGCAUUACAACGAACUUUGUGAACGGGUCAAAGGCAUGGCAAAAGACAGAGCGUGGCGCAGUGGCGAACAGCAUCUCGAGGCGAAAUUCUAUAGAGCAGUGACUGAGGAGGAGGGAAAAAAGCGACUCUUCGUAUGCUGCGAUGGGACCUGGCAAAAUGCAUCUGGCACUUCUGCCCCGCUAACAAACGUUGCGAGGUUUGCUCGUGCAGUCGAUCGAUAUGGUAUCAACAACGACUUCGUGUCUAUUCCUAUCCCGCAAUUGAUUUACUAUUCCUCUGGAAUUGGAUCUGAAUCCGUCUUUAGGCUCCCAGUGGAUAGUCUCUACUCUGGUGCCACGGGAAAAGGACUCGAAGAAGAUAUAUUAAAUGCCUACUGUUUUCUUUGCAACAAUUACAAUUUUGCUUCGAACAAUGAUGAUAUCGUUCUCGUCGGGUAUUCUCGAGGCGCGUUCACCGUUCGGUGCUUGGCCGAUCUUAUCAGCCAGAUUGGUCUCCUACGGCGCAAGAAUCUGCCCUUCCUCUCUGUUUUAUUCAACAGAUGGAUGGAAACAAGAGACACCCUCGAAAGGCAGCAAAUGAAAGUCCACAUCCUUGGAAUCGACAACUUUUCUCACCCUGUGCGCAUCAAGGUGCUUGCGGAAUGGGACCCGGUUAGCGCCAUAGGUCUAUUGGGAUGGAAAAAAAGGUUCUCCUUUGUCCAAGACACAGUACCCGCGGCGGUAGAUAAAGCCUACGUGGCAGUUGCGCUGGACGAGAAGAGGUUCAGCUUCAAGCCAAUGUUGUGGACACGAAGUGCCGACUCCAAAACCGAGUUUGAGCAGUGUUGUUUCUCUGGAUGUCAUGGUGAUAUUGGGGGUGGAAAUAUUGACGCUGGCCUUUCUACGGCGUCCCUGUUAUGGAUGGUGGCAAAAGUACGAAAUGCCUCCGAUGCAUCGUUUGAUCAGGAAGCUCUUCUAGACAUGGUUCAACCGCCCCGGUCUUACAGACCAUGGUGGUUUCCUUUUAUACUUAAGGAAACAAAGGCUCACAGCCUGGCCUGGUCAGAAGGCAAAAUCAACGAGACGCUAACGUGGUGGUGGCUUAUACCGCACGCCUUGAUGUAUGUUUUUACGUGUGGAUGGUCAAACGGACGACGCAAGAGGCAUCUCCAGAAAGUCAAAGGUCUACAGACUACAAAUUCAGAUGGCUCCCUAACUCCCCACCUUAAGCUACACCGUACGGUUAAGAAGUCCGGUUAUUACCAGAACUUCGUUCAAGACGACCCUACAGACUAUGAAAAGGACCUCUGGAACACGUGGAAAAAGCAAGUGGACAUGUGGUACCCCUACUCACAACACGGCAUAAACAUAGAACACUGGGGAACAGAUUAUGAGGGUAUGAAAUACUGGAGUGAUACUUUGUCUAGAUUUCAAUUGGAAACUUUUCACAGGGACAAGUGGGAUUUUGUCGAGCAGGCGAUUCAACUGUGCCGGAAGAUUAGAUGUAGCUCGAACAGCACAGAGAGCGUCCGAGACUUGGCAGCUAAGUGCGUGAGGGCGGCCAAGGAGAUGCAGGAAGCAAGUAACAGGUCCUUCACCAAUCUCGACAUCGCGAUCACUGGUGCCCAACCUCCGAAUGCAACCAAUCUCGACACCGCGAUCGCUGCUCCGAUUGUAGCCGAGCUCGAGGCUACAUUUAGGAAGGUCGUUCAGCUUAUCAGCCUCAGUGAGCAUAGCAAUAAUGAUGCUAGGGAACUCGACGAAGCUGCUCGGUUCAAAGUGGUCAUGCUUGAUUUGACGAAGCUUCAGCGCGCCACGAUACGCGAGAAAGAGAAGAUUUCAGGCUUACUGGGCAAGGCAGAAGAGGCAGAUAUGAAGAUAAAAGAACAAUACAUAGAUAUCGAUAGAACGACUCCAGCAGCAGAAGUAACUCGAGCAGCAGAAGCGGUUCUGGACGCCGCUUUGGAGGCGUCGGCGAUAUGGAGGGUCAGUGAAGAGGACUGGAAGAAUGCAUUUGUGAUUCGGAAGUACCAAGAAUUGGGAAUUUAG